AUGCGCUUCACGCUCGCUUCGUCUCUCCUGCCUCUGGCCGUCUCCGUUGGAGCCCUCCAGGUCACCCAGCCCGAGAAGGGCGCCGAGAUUGACCCUUCAGACUCCUUCACCGUCAAGUGGGAUUCCGUCAGCACCGACCCCUCCUCCUUCGACCUGUACCUCGUCAACAACGCCGUCUACCCCAGCGUCGAGAAGAAGAUCGCCUCCGACGUCGACACCUCCGACGGCUCCUACAUCAUCGACAGCAUCUCCGGUCUCGAGAAGGCCGGCGGCUACCAAAUCAACCUCUUCUCCAACGAAGCCCACAACACCGGCAUCCUCGCGCAGUCCGAGCAGUUCAACGUGACCAGCUCCGACACCACCUCCUCCAGCAGCGCCACGCCCACCUCCACCUCCACCUCGACCUCGACCUCCAGCACCUCGACUGAGAGUGAGACUACCUCCACCCCUUCCACUUCCACCGAGACCACCUCUGCUUCUACCUCCACCACUACCGAGGCCGAGUCUAACACUGCCUCUUCCUCCGCUGCAGGCUCCUCCACCCCUGCCUCGUCGUCUGAUGCCGCCGCGACCGCCAGCGCCUCCGAUGUCCCCGAUGACCUGAACGCCGGUGUUGCUAUGGGUGCUCCCCUCACCCUUGCCGGUCUGAUGGCCGGUGCGCUUAUGUUCACCCUGUAA